AUGCCACCAAGAAGAGCAGCUUCUUCACAAAACAGUCAGGCUAAUGAUGAUGUACCCCCAGUUGAGGGUUUGCCUCCUGUGAGUGCAGAAGGGAUCUAUAGGUAUCUUGGGACACUAGCUGGUUUAGUUGAACGCCAAGCUCGAGCUGCUGGGACUAAUGUUCAGGGACAGUCUUCAUCUUCUAGGGGUAGCUCUUUUGAUGACUUCAAGAAAUUGGGUCCUCCUUACUUUUCUGGUGCUACAGAUCCCACAGAGGCAGAGGCUUGGAUCCUUAAGAUGGAGAAAUUCUUUGGUGUGAUAGAUUGCUCUGAGGAGCAAAAAGCCUCUUAUGCAGCUUUUAUGUUAGAUAAAGAGGCAGAUCAUUGGUGGCGUAUGACUAGGAGACUUUUGGAGGAUCAGGGACCCAUAACAUGGAGACAAUUUCGGGAGGCUUUCUACAAGAAGUAUUUCCCUGACAGUGUUAGGCGGCAGAAGCUUGGUGUCUAUUCAGAGGUUGUUGAUAGAGCCCUUAUAGCAGAGAAAGAUAAUGAGGAGCUUCAUCAGUAUAGGGAACAGCAAAGGAAGCGAAAUAGAAGUGAUGGUGCUCAUGGUAAUCAAGCACAGCGAAGGGCUACAUCAGGAAGAAAUCAGAAUAAAGGGAAGACAACGCAGAAUUUGGAUGGGAUUUGUCCUACUUGUGGCAAGAAGCAUGGGGGUAGGCCAUGUUAUAGAGAGACUGGAGCUUGCUUUGGUUGUGGGAAGCAAGGACAUUUGAUCAGAGAUUGUCCAGAGAAUAGGAAGUUCAUCACUGGGAAGCCUAAAGAGGAAAAUAAGGAGGAUAAACAGAAACCCAAAGCCCAAGGGCGGGUACUCUCCGAAUCCACACCUUAUUUGCUAGAGUCUUGA